AUGAGUAAUCAGAAGAAGAGGAAUUUCCAGAUAGAGGCGUUCAAGCAUCGAGUCGUUGUGGAUCCCAAAUACGCCGAUAAAACCUGGCAGAUUCUCGAGCGUGCGAUCCAUCAGAUUUACAACCAAGACGCUAGCGGCCUCAGUUUCGAAGAGCUUUACAGAAAUGCGUACAACAUGGUUCUGCACAAGUUUGGCGAGAAGCUCUACACAGGGUUUAUAGCCACCAUGACUGCUCAUCUCAAGGAAAAAUCGAAGCUAAUUGAGGCAGCUCAGGGAGGGUCGUUCCUAGAAGAGCUGAACAAGAAAUGGAACGAGCACAACAAAGCGUUGGAGAUGAUACGGGACAUCCUCAUGUAUAUGGACAGAACUUACAUCGAGAGCACCAAAAAGCCUCACGUUCAUCCGAUGGGGCUUAGCUUGUGGAGGGACAACGUCGUGCAUUUCCCUAAGAUACACACAAGGCUUCUCAACACACUUCUCGAUCUGGUCCAGAAGGAACGGACCGGUGAAGUCAUAGACAGGGGUUUGAUGAGGAACGUGACUAAGAUGUUCACGGACUUGGGCGAGUCUGUGUACCAGGAUGAUUUCGAGAAGCCGUUUUUGGAGGCUUCUUCUGAGUUUUACAAGGUGGAGUCUCAGGAGUUUAUUGAGUCCUGUGACUGUGGGGAUUACUUGAAGAAAGCUGAGAAGCGUCUGACUGAAGAGAUAGAUAGAGUUGGACACUACUUGGACGCCAAGAGCGAAGACAAGAUUACUAGCGUGGUUGAGAAAGAGAUGAUCGCCAACCACAUGCAGAGGCUGGUUCACAUGGAGAGUUCAGGUCUCGUUCACAUGCUUUUGAAUGAUAAGUAUGACGAUUUGGCUAGAAUGUACAACUUAUUCCGCAGGGUGACCAAUGGUCUUGUUACUGUCAGAGACGUUAUGACCUCGCACCUGAGGGAAAUGGGAAAGCAGCUGGUUACUGAUCCGGAGAAGUCAAAGGAUCCGGUGGAGUUCGUGCAGCGUCUACUGGACGAGCGGGAUAAGUACGACAAAAUCAUCAGCACCGCGUUUGGCAACGACAAAACAUUCCAGAACGCUCUGAACUCUUCCUUCGAGUAUUUCAUCAACUUGAACGCUCGCUCUCCGGAGUUCAUCUCCUUGUUCGUCGACGACAAGCUACGGAAAGGGCUUAAAGGUAUCGCCGAGGAAGACGUGGAGGUUAUUCUCGAUAAAGUUAUGAUGCUCUUCCGCUACUUACAAGAGAAAGAUGUGUUUGAGAAGUACUACAAGCAGCAUCUCGCUAAAAGGCUCCUCUCUGGCAAAACCGUGUCUGACGACGCGGAGAGAAGCUUGAUAGUGAAGCUGAAGACGGAGUGUGGAUACCAGUUCACUUCGAAAUUGGAAGGCAUGUUCACUGACAUGAAGACUUCAGAGGACACAAUGCGCGGGUUCUCCGGCAGCCACCCGGAGCUUUCAGAAGGACCAACGCUCUUCGUUCAGGUCCUCACAACCGGCUCUUGGCCUACACAGCCUGCAGUGCCUUGUAAUCUCCCAGCGGAAGUCUCUGUUCUCUGCGAGAAGUUCCGUUCUUAUUACCUCGGAACCCACACGGGGAGAAGAUUGUCAUGGCAGACGAACAUGGGCACAGCCGAUAUCAAAGCCGUUUUUGGAAAAGGUCAGAAACACGAACUCAACGUGUCGACUUUCCAGAUGUGCGUCCUCAUGCUGUUCAACAACUCUGACCGACUCAGCUACAAGGAGAUCGAGCAAGCCACCGAGAUCCCUGCGUCGGAUCUCAAACGCUGCUUGCAGUCGCUGGCGUGCGUGAAAGGCAAAAACGUGUUGAAGAAAGAGCCCAUGAGCAAAGACAUUGGAGAGGAGGAUUCGUUCGUUGUCAACGACAAGUUCACGAGCAAGUUUUACAAAGUGAAGAUUGGAACGGUGGUGGCUCAGAAGGAGACGGAGCCGGAGAAGCAAGAGACGAGGCAGAGAGUCGAGGAAGACAGGAAGCCGCAGAUCGAGGCAGCUAUCGUGAGGAUCAUGAAGUCGAGGAAAAUACUGGACCACAACAACAUCAUCGCGGAGGUGACGAAACAGUUGCAGCCGCGGUUCUUGGCGAACCCGACGGAGAUAAAGAAGAGAAUCGAGUCGCUGAUUGAACGUGAUUUCUUGGAGAGAGAUAAUACGGACCGUAAACUUUAUCGCUAUCUAGCCUAA